CACUCGGGAGCCCAGAGCUCAGGUCGGCUCCUAUGCUGCAACGGGGUCUCCUGGAAGCCUUGGGCUUCCACUAAUGAGAUGGUCAGUGCGCAGACGUGUUGUAAGGGCUGGACUUAUCACAACGGUUACUGCCACUUCCAUAGUACCGAGCGCAAGGCGACAUGGAGCGCUGCCGUCAGGGAAUGCAGGGAGAGGUCACCAAGCCAAUCAGGUGGGCAUUUUCUCCAAGGCUGAUAUGGACAGGCUGUUGGACUUAAGUGGACGGAAACCAUUCUGGAUAGGACUGAACGACAGUGAGAGUAGGGGACGCUGGGAGUGGGUGAGUGGAGAGCCCGUCACCUACACCAACUGGAGGAAGAGCCCGGCCAGAGGCAAGAGCACCAGGAGGUGUGUUCUGGUGUCGAGGUCCAAUCGGCAGAUCAGAGACUGUAAGACUGGCAGGGGACAUCGCUACGUCAAGACGGAUCUCUACGUUGUAUUCAUGAUAUGAAACAGAACUAUGUUUCUUUCCACUGCCUUUGCAACAGGAAUGGAGCUGACCCUCACAUGACAAGCUGCAUUCAUACAGCUAAUCAACCGAUUA